GAAGAAAGUGAGUAAGACAGAAAUACUGACAAAUUUGUUGCAAGAUAUUAUUACAGGUUAAGAAAGAAUAAGACGACGUUAUUGUGCAUUGCCAUUGUUCUGACUACAAUUGGGUGUGCGCAACUUUUCAGCGCACUUGCUUUUGUGUGUCCAUGUGAAAAACAAGAUGAUCAUAGGGAUUAUCUUCAUCUCAGCCCCAGCUGUUAUCAUUUUCUGUCUUGGUAUACUGGCACAGAGUUCAACCUGGAGAGUUGUAACUGGGUGCUAUACGAUGACUAGUCAUAUAAGCGGAGGUGAAUGUCAUUCCCGUAUAUUAGUUGUGAUUGGGCAAUCCUUGUUGGGACCACUAGUGUGGCUUUUUGUAGCUUUCAUGAAUGGAGACUACUACGCAUGCAUCAAUUCUAGCACAAACUGUGAUGUUGAUGAAGACCCGUCAAUUGUUGAGUUUUCUGACAAGGACAAGGCACAGUCACAGAUUAUCGCGUGGUUAUUACUGGCGGUCAUUUCAAUUCUUGUUUUGUUUUGCUAUUGUAUACUGCGUUGUUGCAAUCGUUACUCGUAUGAACAGCAACAGUACUAUAAAGAAUAUGUUGAAGCAGAAGAGGAUGAGUUCAAUGAACAAUGCAAGGAAGCAGCAAAGAUCGAAGCAAAGACAACUGUUAGCAAGUUUUACGAACAGAAAAACAUAAAAGGACAACCAAUCAUUCAUCAUGGUGAUUGGAAAGAGAUAAAAACAACAUGGGAGGCCAUAACGGUUUUAGGUUCUGGGUUCGCAGGUAAAGAGGGUUAUACACCAUUGUACUAUUGGGCAAAGUGCAGUGAAGAUAGAUGUGAACGCCAAGACACAGUGGUGAUAAAUGUCAUUAAUGAGCAGAACAAAGAUGGGGUGAAGGAAGUAUCAGAACACGCUGCACCAAACACAGCAGUUGACGAAACUUGGAGUGAGUCUGAUGAGGACAUACUUCCAGGGUCACUAAGUUCUUGUCACUGA